AUGGCGACUACAAUGCAGAAUGGAUUUUGAAUGAUUUAAAUUGUCUGUUUUAUUGGAAAUUUGGAUCUUCUGGAUAACUGUUCUUCAUAAUAAUCCUCAUCGUAUCACAGAAUCAAGAUGGCCCUAAAUGUUUUUGAUCAUGAUGAAUACCGGCCACCUGUGUGGAAGUCUUACUUGUACCAGCUCCAGCAGGAGGCGCCUCACCCACGCAGACUCACCUGCACAUGUGAGGUGGAAACCCGACCUAAAUAUUAUGGAAGAGAGUACCAUGGGAUGAUCUCAAGGGAAGAGGCCGACCAAUCGCUGAGUCAGGCUGAAGGCAGCUAUCUCAUCAGGGAGAGUCAGAGACAACCGGGCACAUACACUCUGGCUCUCAGGUUUGGGAACCAGACCAGAAACUUCCGUCUCUACCAUGACGGGAAGCACUUUGUUGGGGAGAAGAGGUUUGAGUCCAUCCACGACCUGGUAACGGACGGCCUCAUCACACUCUACAUCGAGACAAAGGCGGCGGAGUACAUCGCUAAGAUGACCAUAAACCCCAUUUAUGAACAUGUGGGAUACACCACCUUGAACCAGGAGCCCACUCUGAAAAAACCCCUUCCUCACAGCCCCGAGGCCCCGGAUGGACCGGUUCCAGUUAAAGAAGACCGUAACGCAGAGGAGAGGCUCACAUCUCUGGUGCGACGGGCGACACUGAGAGAGAGCGACUUAGCGCCCAAAUACGAGAAGAUCCACAACUUCAAGGUUCAUACAUUCAGAGGUCCACAUUGGUGUGAGUACUGUGCCAACUUCAUGUGGGGGCUCAUCGCUCAGGGAGUCAAGUGUGCAGACUGUGGGCUAAAUGUUCAUAAGCAGUGCUCCAAAGUCGUGCCGAACGACUGCCAGCCGGACCUCCGUCACGUGAAGAAGGUGUACAGCUGCGACCUGACGACGCUGGUCAAAGUGCACAACACCAAGAGGCCCAUGGUGGUGGACAUGUGCAUACAGGAAAUCGAGGCGAGAGGUCUCCAGUCGGAGGGUUUGUACAGGAUAUCAGGCUUCAGUGAGCUCAUUGAAGAUGUGAAGCUGCACUUUGACAGAGAUGGAGAGAAGGCGGACAUCUCCUCAAAUGCUUAUGAGGACCUGAACAUCAUCACUGGAGCGCUCAAACUCUACUUCAGAGAGCUGCCUAUCCCCCUAAUAACAUACGAUGCAUACCCACACUUCGUAGAAACAGGAAAGAUUACAGACACGGAAAAACGUCUGGAGUCUCUCCACGAGGCGCUGAAGCUGCUGCCGCCGGCUCACUGCGAGACGCUGCGAUACCUCAUGGGUCACCUCAAGAGGGUGACAGAGUACGAGAAGGACAACCUCAUGACCAGCGAGAACUUGGGUAUCGUCUUCGGACCGACGCUGAUGAGGGCGCCCGGACUAGACGCCAUGAUGGCGCUCAACGACAUCCGGUACCAGAGACUCGUGAUAGAAACGCUCAUUCGGAACGAGGACGUGUUGUUCUGAGAGGAAGGACGGACAGUGAAAAGAUGGAAGAAGACGUUUUUUUACGAGAUAAUUAGGAAGAAAAAUGGGACUGUUUUGUAUGGAGGGAACAAUGAAGGAAGUGGCCAAUUGCAAUGAAGGAAUUCAUUAAAAUAAACUUAGUGGAAAAAGCUAUACAUUGAAGUGUUUCCCUUAAACUCAAUCAACAGACUCAAAGUCAUAAAAUGAGGGUAAUUAUGAUUGUGUUAAUGAUCCUAAAAACAUGUUAAUAGUAGCAUUACCUUGUCUAUCUAGGGCAAAUACUGUGUGCUCCAUCUGUAUGUUAAUAUCUUUCUUAAAUGCCUUGACAGUUGACGGAGAAUAAAUCAGAAAUUUUAAAAACAUUGGGAUAGUUCAGAAGCUUAUAAACAAGCGUUAGAGGUCAAAUUGAGAUAACUACAUAUAUAUAUAUAUAUAUAAACAUCCCUUCCUCAAGAGAAGAAGACGUUAUAACAGUAGAUGAAUGAACGAUUGGAAAAAGGGACCCUCGUAUCCAUAACGCGCACUCGUUCCUCUUACCUUAAGUGACUUGGACCUACUGUGCUUUUAAAAAAAUCUUUAUUUUACAGCUGAAAUGUAGAAAAACGUGGAAGAAACAACGCAGGCUUUCCUGUUUUGUGUCAUAUUUCAAGCUUUUGUUUGAUGUGUUGCUGUGUAAUUACAUUUCAGCGGAUUUAGCGGUACAUUAAAUGCUUUCUGUCACUUUAAAAAAAAUUAAAGGGAAGCUUUGGGAACACUUUUAAAUAUCCAAUGGUGAGAAUAUUUAGCUUAAAUUGGCAACUCCACACAAUUCAUUAACAGAUGGACGUACAUAUGUGAAACAAUGCUAUGUUUUCUCUUGGUUUGUCAUUUGUAUAAAGCAGUAUUGUAAUGAAGAAGUGUUAAUAAGUACAUUUUGUGCUUGAAAUAAUAAUUUAAAUUGUCUGGCUGCAAUUCAACAGACACUGCAGUAUUGAGAGGAGCUCCCUGACUAUUUGAAACUUAAUUGUAAUUGCAAUUUAAGUGGCGCUUUCCCUUUGUGAACUGUGACAUUGUGAAGAAUAAUAUUGCUAAAAGACUACUACUGGAUCGUUUUAAUUUCACACUUUCCUUUUGCAGACUCCCAUAAAAUGAGAUUUAUUUGCCUAAAUGCAAUGUAUUGUUUUCAAAUGCCACACAGAUGACUUGAGUUUCUUCCAGAGGAUGUUGCUAAUCGUCUGUAAUCUGAAGGAGUGUAUUUGACGUUUAUUUUUUAACUUGUGCCAAGUGUUUCUGCAUGUUAAACCUUACAUUAAACCUCCUUCUCAUUUAAGUCUACCCCCAUUUCUGUCGGGGUUAUGGGGUGUCGCAAAAUGUAACGUAAAAGUUAAAUAAUUUUCUAACAAAAGCUGUUUUUUUUAAUUGUAAUUGUUUCGUUUACUUUAUAUUCUACUAACUGCCUAACCCAAUGUGAGCCUUUAUUGAGUUGUUCAUUUUGUCCUCAUGAAAUGUCCUUUUUUUUUUUUACUACUGUCAUUGCUGUAAAGUAUUUUCUAUAUGGUUUAUGCAUGGCAAAAUUAAAUUAUUAAAUAUGGCUCUCA